GAGUUCCUACAGCUAUCCAAGAUAGUAUUUGACUUCCUCUCUAUCCUAGCGAUGUCUUCUAAGUAUAAGCGACUAUUCAGCUAUACUAAGUACUAUAUAAGCUACCAACGACACUUGCUUUAUAUAGAUUCAAUUAAUAUACUACAAUACUUAAAGAAUUAG